CAACCGCUUAUUAGAAUAACUGAGUGAUUCACCAAUAAACCCCACGCUAGGUUCCUUGUGGUCGGUCGAGUGAUUGACAUUGAACGAGCCGUUCACGCGUUCGCACGUACUUUCGUUUCUCGGCAAGGAUGGCAAGUCGGAACCUCGCGGCGGCCCCACCAAGCCGGAGUGUCGCGUCGGAUGCCGUUGUUUUCCAACACAUCUCGACCGGAACCAAGUCCUCCAAGUCUUCGUUACUUCGACGCUUCUUCCGCAAGCCCCGAUCACAGCAGACAAUUCGAACGUCCGCUGUCUCGCUCACAUCGAUCGAUGAAGAUCCUGCGGAAUCCGGCGAGCUCUUGUUUCGCCACUCACUCCCGAGGACCACGCUGCGUUGCAGCAGCAACAGUCUCUUGAGUGAUUGCAGCGAUUUAAGCCUCCCGCACGAAGUAGAAAUCGUCCAAGAAUCGCAGGAAGAUAACGAUGACGAUGAUCUCUUGGAUCACCAGGCACCGCAGGAAACCUUCUCGGAGAAGGACGAAGAGCAACACAAAGCGAACAAAGGGGAGUUUCCGCUACCGCUCCACCUUCAACAAGCGAACGCCUGCCGGGAAAAGGCCUUGGACUGUAUGGAUGUCCUUUCGUACAAUUGCGCGCUGGAAGAGCUCGCAUGUGGAAUUGCACUCGUUCACAAGGGGGUGGACGAGCCACAACCAAAACUCUACUGGGAUAUGGUGUUCCUCAAGGCGCAAGUUCUGGGCCAAAUGGGGCGCUAUGAGGAAUCGCUAGCUUGCUAUCAACAAAAGUUACAACAUAUGCAAGCAGAAUCAUCACCUACGCCAAACCCUUCUACCACUUCGGAACUCGCCAACCUCUUCUUUGCGUGUGCCCGAUUGUCGGUACAUUUGCAGAACUAUGAACAAGCAAUGACAUACUAUCAACAAGAACUGGACUGUUGUGUGCAUACAGAUUCGCUAGCUAUAUCCCGUAUCCAUCACGAGCUAGCUCGCGUGGCUCAUCGCGGGCUGCACGACGUGCACCGGGCCAUGCACCACUACCAACUGGCGCUCAAAGUUGAACACGAGCGAUGGAAGUCAUUAAUAUCGCAAAAGGAUGCGACUCCCGAACACAUACUCCAAGACGCCGUCUACCAAGUCCAACACACCCGCCGCUCUUUGGGACGCCUACAUUUUGAACAAGGCCACGUCGAUCGAGCAGUAGCUCUGGCCGUGCAGCCCAUGUAA